GUGACGAUAUCCUGAGAAGUUCUUGUUUCAAGUGAAAAACCACCACCUGCCCACGCAGACAGAGAGGUGACCUUGUGGGCACAUGUUUUAACAUUUGUUCGUGGUUGUUUGAGCUCUACCACCCAAGGAAAUAUUUUUUCAUGCAAACGUGACGGGAAAAAGCCUCAACCUUUGUUACAAUUUAAGGAAUCUGUGUAUUUACAAGUUACACAAGCACUUCAUUUCCCACUGACACUUUUCACACCGACAUUAAAGGCCUUACAAGGUGACAAACUGACAUGUAAAACACAAAACAGUACAUCAUCCGGAUGAGUUCACCCUUACCAGCUUUGUUUUAGCUUUUGACCCCAUCUAGUGGGCCAUGCAGGCAAAAAUGUGGAGGUUAUGAUCAUUUCCCCCAACUUUAAUUUAGUUUUUUUUUUUGUUUGUAAUUAGGGAAUUACAACUUUUAGUGAUCUAUAAACAUUUGUGUUUUUUGAAUUUCUGUCUGUAAUUUGUUUUUUUGUGUGCUCCCACUCUAAUAUGUUAAUAAAAUACAUGAAAAGUUGAACACUAACAAAAAUUAAUUUGUUACAAAUGUUAUGACCCAAUGGUAUAGCUAGGUAUAAAUGGGUAAACAGCUCAGUGUUUUAAGCCAAGGAUGGUCAUAACAAAUUUUCUCAGGCACGUUUUACAUCUAAACAAAAUGCAGCUAGUUUCAGCCAACUAAAUAAAUUCAUGUCAUGUUUCCGAUCCUUCACUUCAAAGUUAAAGAAGCGAUACCACACUCUGAAAAUACUCUACUACAAGUAAAAGCCUUGCAUGCAAAACUUAACUCAAGGAAGUGAAAUCAAAAGUAUCAAAAGUAGAACUACUGAUGCAACAACACAAAAACAUGUAAGAACAAAAAAUGUAGAACAUGGGUCAAAAAUGACCCGCAUUCAUUUCCCAUGUUACUUCACGCUGGCUGUGUGUUUCUUUGCUCUAUCUUUUAAAAUCAAUUUAUUUUAUAAUUGAAUAGUCCAAGUAUUCUUUGAAUUUUUUAUUUUUUAUUUAUUACAAGCGGUCAUUAUGGGUCAAAAAUGACUCAAAAUUAAAUGACCUAAUACUAUAAUAAUAGUAAUUUGUAUCAAAUAGUUACUUUAGCAGUAAGAGAGUCCAAACACUCAUAUAUUUAAUAUAAUUAACACGUUUAUGUAUAAUUUUGUCACACAUACAGUGUAUCUGGAAGGUAUUAACAGCGCUUCACUUUUUCCACAUUUUGUUAUGUCACAGCCUUAUUCCAAAAUUGAUUAAAUUAAUUUUUCCUUAAAAUUACACACACAAUAACCCAUAAUGAAAAUUUUGCCCCAUGUUGUGCAUCAGAAGCGUAGUAAUACAAAAAGGUUUUUUAUUCAAAAAGUAAGAAAUUAAAACAAAAAUUAGGAUGUAUGAUGAUCAUAAACAUGUUGAUUGAGGAAAACCUGUAAUACUGAAUGAUCAAAUUAAUUUGUGGCAAAGAUCUAGAAAAUAAAAACUCAGUCGGGUCACUUUAGAUCCAUCUUGCUUGUGUGUGUGUGUGUUAAGUUUAAAAUGUGCAGAAAACUAUAAAUAAAAUAAUAAAACAAUAACUCAAAGGGAUGUAAUGUCAACAGGAGAACACAAGAGGGCGCUGUGCUUUAAAUGUGUUAUUUUCAUUCAACCAAUCAGCACGCAGGAAAAACGGAUGUCGUCAAGCUCUGUCCAAUCACAGCCCUCGCUGUUGGGAGGUCGUUUAUUGACAAGAGGAGAAGGUGACUCCUCGAAGAGCAGGGCAAAUAUCUCGUAGAAACAUUAACAAAUAACCAAAAAUAAGACUGGUGUUUGCUAAUAGGCAGCCAUGUCUUCUUUUGGAAGGGCGCUGGGAGUCCUCCGGACGGGAUCCCUGCUCCUCAGACGACGCGGUACACAACAGAUAACGACCCGAAAUGGAAGCGAUGGUCCUGCGUACCGGGGUUAUCCCCAUAUCACCAAGAGACAGGUGUUCCAUUCGGAGCUGAUCAGCGGAGCCAUGUGGUUCUGGAUCCUCUGGCACUUCUGGCACGAUCCUGACUUGGUCUUCGGUCACUUCCCCUGGCCUGAUCCCUCUCAGUGGACAGAUGAGGAGCUCAGCAUCCCACCAGAUGACGAGGAUGUCGAAUAAGGUCACCAUGUGGGAUUCAAGCUGCUGGACAAGUUGUUGUGGAAAUCUUCAGGAUAUUUUGAAAGUCGGUGCUGUACAUAAGACAAAUAAAAUCUUUAAAUACGGGAAA